AUGGCCUCCCUCUUCACCGGCAGGGUCCUGCUGGCCAACCGGGAACGGGACGAGCUGGACACGGAGCGGGAGCUGCACGGGGCGCUGGACAACAGGGUCCUGCUGCUUUACUUCGGCUCGGCGCGGUGCCCGCGCUGCCGCCGCUUCGCUCCGCUCCUCAAGGACUUCUUCCUGCGCCUCACCGAUGACUUCCACGUGGAGCGAGCCUCGCAGCUCGGCCUCGUCUACGUGUCCCGGGACGAGACGGAGGAGCAGCGCAGCGCCUUCCUGCGGGCCAUGCCCCGCCGCUGGCUCGCCCUCCCCUUCGGGGAUGCUUUCGGCAGGGAGCUGGAGCUGCGCUUCGCCGUAUCCGAGGUGCCAGCGGUGGUGGUGCUGAAGCCCAGCGGGGAGGUGAUCGUCGGGAAUGCCGUGGAGGAGAUCCGGAGCCUGGGGCCCGCUUGCUUCCGGAACUGGCAGGAGGCGGCCGAGCUGGUGGACAGGGAUUUCCUCCUGGCAGAGGACUGGGAGAAGCGGAGCAGGAGGAGCAUCACGGACCCCCUCCGCCGCCUCAAGUACAGGCUGGACAAGGGCAAGGAGGCGAAGGACAGGGAAAGGGAAGAGGACUUGGAAUAG